AUGCCCCCAAGACGUGGAAGAACACCGAACAACAACCCAGAUUUUCUUUGGGUUAAUCGAGGACCAGGCUCUGAUCGGCUAUCAGCGAGCCGACAGGGGCGUGAAGAAUUAAGGACGAUCACCAGUCAUGCUAGAACAUGGCGGGCAGCACUAAGACGCCAACAGAGACUUGUAAACGCUCAGACCUACGCCAGUCGUGCUCAGCGCGUUGUCGGCUGGAGCAGGUCAGAGAGUCGAGUUGCGCAAUCAGACCCCAGUUCUAGUGAGACAUCAGCAGCACCUUCUCCAGCACCACAUGUUCCAUUUGCAAGCGAUGAUGUGGCUCCCUUCGCAUAUCUAGAACAACCCGGGGACGCUCGGUGGUCACAGAACGCCUUUCAAUAUGCCACUCAAUCGUGGCUGCCUGCCAUUUUCCAGAAUUUGAGUGCAUUCGACAAGGACGACCUAUUGACCCAGAGCUCUGUCAAGGACACCAUCGACUCUAUCAUUCAAGGCUGUCUUCACAACCGAAUGCAUAUGUUAUCCUUGUUGUCAGCAAGUUCAGGCCAUUUGAAGUUCGUUUUACGGGCGCAACUUGACAAAGUCGACACUGCAGAAUAUUGUAACGGGAAGGCAUUGCAAUACAUACGACAUCACUUGACCAGUGACUCAGUAGCCAGAAUAGAUGAGUUUGUCAUCUUUGACCUCAUGGCAUUGUCAGCAUUUGAGAGAUAUGUUGGUAACCCCGAAGGAGCCAGGACGCAUUUUGGCAUGGUGAGACAUUUGAUAGAGUCUCACGGUGGUUUGGAUAGUAUUGAUCUCCCGCUGCACUUGCUCUGUCUUAAACUGGACAUGCUUGUAGCUGCUGGCACGGGAGAGCGACCUUUGAUGUUCAUGACCUGGGACCCAGGUGCUUUACCAGCUCCUCAGAGCCAGGAAGUGCAACGAAGCCUCUUGCAAGUCGGAGCCAAGCCUGGCGGUGCUUUCGUGGAUGAACAUGAAACUUUGAAGUCAUCUGCGAUUUCCGAAAUCCUCAUCGGCGUCGUUCAGUGGUUUCAAGUGCAACAACUCGUGCAUCUACUUCCUUCAGACCAAGUAAUUCAGCAACGGAGCUGGGCGGCGAGGAGAUCUUAUGCAUUGGCUCACCAACUUCUCUGCAUAACCAUACCUACCGCGGCGGCCACCUUCCCCAGCAGCGCGUCAGGGGUUGUUGCCGAACAAGGAAAUGAUAAACUCUUGGAAUGCAUCCGACAAGGCUGCCUGAUUACCGUCUCCGCCAUUGAGGAAUCGCGAUCAGUCAGAAUCGAUCACCAACUCCCGCCAACCCAAGCCGGGGAGUCGUUUGCGUUCUACAAUAUUGCCUUGCUCCGACAAGCCUUGACCGAUUUCGUGCAGGACCAAAAUAGAUUGGGUACAAAUAUAGAGCAUCAAGAACUGAUCCUGUGGGUAACCUGCAUGGCCGCCCAGAAGAGCACACAGCAUGGCGAUGGCCCUCAGCUGCUGCUGCUGCAUCAGUUCUCCGAGCAAGGUGAAGACCGCGACUGGUUCGUCGACCUCGCGGGUCAGAUGGCCAGGCACCUGCAUGUCACUACGGCGCUGGGCCUCGCCGACGUUUUGGCUAGAUAUACCUUCAACCUGAAUGUUGACGCGUCGCCUAACACGGCUGGCCUGGAGUCCGUGCUACUACGACGCUGA